AGGAAGUCUCAUCACAGUGGAGCCUGCAGCAGAAGAAGCCUGACAGUGGAGAACAAAACGCCCAUAAAGGAUGGGUGACAGUAUGAAGACUCAGCUGGUGAACGCCAUCCACCUGCAGGAGGUGGAACUGCACGACAACCCUUCAGACAAGCAGAACGGCGGCAACAACAGACAAGAUGAGACGUUCACUGUCGAAGAGGCCAUAGAAACUAUCGGCUUUGGACGUUUUCACAUCCUGCUUUUUUUCAUCAUGGGCAGCACCAAUAUAGUUGACGCGAUGGAGAUUAUGCUGCUGGCCGUCAUCUCUCCUGAGAUUCGCUGUGAGUGGCGUCUGGAGGACUGGCAGGUCGCUCUCGUCACCACGGUGGUGUUUCUGGGCUUAAUGGUGUGUGCAGCUUUAUCAGGAUACUUGGCAGACCAAUACGGACGCUGGAAGGUUUCAUUUGGAGGCUUCGUGUGGUGUGCCUACUUCUCUCUGCUCACGUCGUUCGCUCCGUCGUACGGUUGGUUCGUCUUCCUCCGCGGCAUGGUGGGAUGUGGAAUGGCAGCAGUGUCACAAGGGUUUGUGCUGAAAACCGAGUUCAUCCCAGCGAAGCACCGAGCAAUCCUGCUGCCUCUGGUCACGAUCUUCUGGAUGGCUGGCUCCAUGCUGAUCAUCCUUCUGGGAAUGUUGCUCAUUCCGACUCUGGGCUGGAGGUGGAUGAUCCGAAUCUCCAUCACCCCAAGUAUCAUCCUCAUCUUCCUCUUCAGGUUCAUCCCUGAGUCGGCUCGUUUUAAUGUGUCGGCGGGAAACGUUCAGGCCGCCAUUAAAACUCUGCAGAAGAUCGCUGACAUGAACAAGUCAUCACUGCCUCCAGGACGUCUGGUGGAGCCACUUGUGAAAGAGCGAGGCAGCUGGAGGACUCUGAUCAGCCCGAUGUACAGGAGGACGUCCUUACUGCUGUGGUACACAUGGUUUGUGGCAUCCUUCGGGUACUAUGGCUCGGUGCUGAGCAGCUCGGAGCUGCUGGAGAAGAACUUGCUGUGCGUGAAGGACGCAGACUUAGAGCAUCAGGUUAAACACCGCCAUGAGGACGGGCUUUGUUACUGCAUCCCCUUUGGCCUCAGCGAUUACCAAACGCUGCUCAUCAACUGUCUGGGAGAGGUCGCUCUGAUUCCUCUAAACAUCUGUCUGCUGAACAUUUUUGGACGGAAGAUGACCAUGACUGUUCUACAGGCGCUGGCUGCGGUUACUUUUAUGUUGCUCAACAUCUGCACCACCAUGUUUGGCUUCACCAUUCUCCUGUUCCUGCUCCGCUCGCUCGUCUCCAUGAACUUUAUCGUGGUAAAUAUUUACACCGCAGAGGUGUAUCCGACAGCGGCGCGCUCUCUAGGGUUGGGUUUCUGUACGUCGUUCAGUCGAAUCGGAGGAAUGACCGCUCCGUUCAUCGCUCAGGUGCUGAUGUCUAAGUCGGUGAUUACGGCGCUCAGUCCGUUUGCCGUGGCGUGUUUGAUCUGCUCUCUUGGGAUCUUCCUGUUACCGAUAGAAACGAAAGGACGAGCGCUGCUGCAAAACUCCUGA